AUGCCGACCAAUCAUCAGAAACAGGCCGCCCAUGCCCCGGCAUCGCCGCGGAACACCUCCAAGUAUACCAACAAGGAUGGCUCCAAGUUCAUUACGGUCCCCAAGGGAGCGGCUGCCGAGUCGUCUCAGCCCUCGACCCCCACAUCCAACAAACCGUCCGAGUCUCUCCCCGAAUCCACUUCGCAUAAUAGCCCUAUGCAAACGGUGAACCGGAAGAAACAAAAGCGUCGGCAAAAAGCUGCGGCCAAGGCUGCUGCUGAGCAGCAAAUCGUCAAUGGGCAUACAAACCGGUCUUCGCAAUCGCGUCCGAGUCGACCCGAGCCGGUCGACUACGAGGACGUCAAUAGCGAGGAUGAUGAAGGGUACGAGUAUGAGGCGGCGCACGAAGUAACCAAUGGUCACCCGCAACAGCCCUUGAAAUCUAAGAAGACGAAAAAGAAGAAGAAGAAGAAGGGACCGUCAGGACCAGACGACAAUGAUGCGCUUCCGUCUCGCGUACGUUCUCCUGGGGUGCAGGCGCGAGGGUCGGGCAUGUCCAGGGACAAGAUCUGGAGUACUAGUAAUCAAGAGGAGCGGGAGCGCAUCAAGGAGUUCUGGCUUGGCUUGGGCGAGGAUGAACGAAAAUCUCUGGUUAAGGUCGAGAAGGACGCAGUUCUGAAAAAGAUGAAGGAGCAGCAAAAGCACACGUGCAGUUGCACUGUGUGUGGGAGGAAGCGCACUGCCAUCGAGGAAGAGUUGGAAACGCUCUACGACGCAUAUUAUCUCGAACUCGAGCAGUUUGCCAACCAAGGAGAUGGUCCCCCCAUUCUUGCAUCUACCCGCGAUUUCUCGUCACACCCAUUCCGAAAUAUGCACUCACAAUACCCACCGCAGUCUCCGUCGCACGGACGAAUAGUGGAACAUGUGGGCGAGGAGGAGGAUGACGAUGAUCUAGAGGAGGUGUACAGCGAAGAUGAAGGCGACGACGAAGAGUACAGCGACGACGAACCCCCCGAAGAAUACCACAAUCCUCCGGAUCGCGAUGUGGCAGAUUUCUUGACAUUCGGCAAUAGCCUCCAGGUCAAGGGUACGCAGCUUCUUGAAUCUCUUCUCCACAGAUAUGGUAACAUGGACUUAGGCGGCAUUCUCACCGUUGCGGAUGACCUUCUCAAAAAUGACGGUAAGCGUUUUAUCGAAAUGAUGGAACAGCUUGCCGAACGUCGCAUGGCCCGAGAAGAAGACGCCAGAGAGCACUUUUCUCGUGGUUACGGUCAUCCCAACGGCUCAUAUUCCAACCCUCAUAAUCAUCCUUCUCCUGAAGACGACGACUACGAGGAGGAGGAGGAAGAGGAAGAGGAAGACUACGACGAUAGUCAGGAUGAAGAGUAUGAGGAUGAAGAGGUAUUAUCAAACCCCUCUAUGCUGCCGUCGAGGUCCCAUACUGAGUGCUGCUGCCAGGAUCCCAUGACCGAGGAGCAACGAAUGGAAGAAGGUCGCCGGAUGUUCCAAAUUUUUGCCGCUCGUAUGUUUGAACAACGAGUACUGUCUGCUUACAAGGAAAAGGUUGCCAAAGAACGGCAAGCAAAGCUGAUAGAGGAGCUUGAGGAGGAGGACCGAAAAGAGGACGAACAAAAGGCAAAGAAAGCUAAGAACGCACAGAAGAAGAAAGAAAAGGCCGCCCAGAAGAAGCAGGCGGCCGCGGAAGAGAAAGCCCGUAAAGAAGCAGAGAAGGCCGCGGAAGAGGCUGCGCGCAUCGAAUCCGAGCAACGGCGAGCAUCUGAGCAACGACGCAAAGCCGAAGAGAAACGAAAGCAGAAGGAAGCGCAGAAGAAGGCUGAAGAGGAGGCUCGUCUGAAGAAAGAAGCAGACAGGCAACGUCGGAUCCACGAACAGCGUGAAAAACAGGCCGAGCAAGAGCGUAAAGCCCGUGAAAGCAAAGAUCGUGAGAAGAAGUUGAAGGAGGAUCAGCGAUUGAAAGAAAAGGAGGCCCGCGAGCUAAAGGAGCGGGAGGCAUUGGAGAGGAGAGAGAAGCAGGAGCGUGACAAGCGUGAAAAGGAGGCCCGCGCUAAGGCACACAGAGAGGCGCAAGAUGCAAGGGAGAGGGCAAAGGAGGAAGCCAUUCCGAGCAAGCCAUCGUCAGUGCAGCCGUCCCUUCCGUCUCCUCACCAGGCUCAGCUCUCCCCGUCCAUUUCCAAACGCACGCCGCAACCACCCAUCUCAAUUCCCACAGUACUCCCUCAACAUCCUCCUAAUCCCUCAGCGUUCGCUUCCCCGAAAGUACCAGUCGCAACCCCUGCGAUGUCAAAGGUGCCAACGCCAAUACGAGCACGCGCGCUCUCCCAGCAACCAGACGUGCCUCAUCUAAGUUCUGCAACAUCGCAAUCAGGAUCAGGAGCAAGCCAAAACCCUUCACCUCACCCGGAUUCUACAACCCACUCUAGCCCUCGACCAAUUGGGCAACAGCGGAAGGAGAGCGUAAGUUUUACUAGUCCAUUACCGCCGUCCUCGCCUCACAGCGUCCAGUCAAGUCGGCCAAGUAUCUCGACACCAGUACAGGGCCUGCUACCCUUGGCUAUGCAACCCCCUCCCGGGCUAGCUCAUCAUCCCCCGCCACCAGGAUUUCCAAGUCGAAUGGGCCAUGAGCAGAUGUUGCCUCCAGGCUUUCGCCCUGGCCCGAAUAUGAUGAUUCCACCGCCUGGCAUCAACGGUCCCGGUGGCCGUGGGUUCUCUCCUGUGCCUCUACCCCCCCCUGGAUUUGCCCAGGCGCCUGAUUUCCCCAUGGGGCAAGGGUUCCCAAUGCCAAAAGAUCCAUCCCCCCCUCACCAUACACAUGUCCGUCAGGGAUCUACUGGUUUUGAUAGCGCCUCUUCUGUCCCUGCACAACCGAUCGGACGUCCUGCACCCAUUGGUAGGCCCGGGAGCAUAACCCAAGGCCGCUCUGGGGAGGACAAGGAUGACGAAACUCAACAUCUGGGCAGCCGGGCUCUCCUUGGAGAUGACGAGCCUAUCGCACCGGAAGUUGGCCCUGCCAGUCUUCGCAAUCAGCCACCCGGUCCACGUCAGGGUGGUUUUGGGCCUAAUCCGUUCCUAGAUACAGGUUUUGGUCUCAACCACAACCCUUGGGGUCCUCCAUCAGGUGCCGGUCAUCACUUCCCACCACCCCCAGGGUUAUCUGGACCGACCUGGGGGCCUCCAGGUAUUCCUCCACCUUUCGCCAUGCCGUCUCCAGCUUCUGCCAUGAGUCCCAUGCGGUUGAAUCCCACGGGUAACCUCCACCUCCGCCCGUUGCUCGUUCAAUUAUAUAAAGAUCUAAGCAAUACCAGUCACGUGGAUUCUGAGGGUUACAUAAACCUGCGCCUUUUCAAGGUGCAUCUUGAGGCACAACAAGGUGACGCACCCCACGACCAAGAUUUAUUUGACUACUUGGAGAAUGACAACGGCUCCGGCAUGGGUGGCGGUAAAUUCGAACUUCGAGUAGCUCACGGCAGUCCAAGGGUUCGGUGGAGUGCACCCAACGAUGUACCCAGCCCACCGAGCUGGCCGCUGGGGGCAGCUGGUGCACUCGGAAGCCCAGUAGCAGGGCCAGCGUCGCUACGAGGGAUCUAG